CUUUUAAAAACAGCUUCUUAUGAAGUCACACGAAAAUACUAUUUAAUAGGUGAUUGGACUCACCAACAAAUCUAAAAUUAAUACAGAUGAAUAGAAAUAAAUCGACUAAUUUGACAUACAUCCGCAUAAUACGCUCAUCAACGACUUCCAAACAGUUACGAAAUCUAAUCACCAAGUCCAAGAGCGAUCAAUCACUCAAGGUCAUUGCUAGUCCCUCCUUCGUAACCCCAAUCCACGGUGGGGUGCUCUGAUGCAGCGGAUACGGCUUCACUUGCGCUUGCGCGGUGUCGCCGUGAACUUGGCCCGCAGAGCCGUCACCCUGGCCCCGAGGCGUUAUCGCAGGCGCCGCCCGCGGCCUAUAAUAGCUGCGUCGGCGGCUCCUGCUUCAGUGGAUCGCGCCUCCCUCAGACAUGUUCCGUGCCCUGGUCAUCCUCGCUGUCGUCGGCGUCGCCCGCGCCUGCAAGCCGUGCACCUGUGGAGUUGCUAGAGGGGGGCGAGUGGUGGGGGGCGCGGCUGUGUCACCAGGAGAGUUCCCCUGGCUGGCAGCGCUCAAGAGGGACGGGAAGGUCAUCUGCGGAGCCACCGUAGUCGCCAAAGACCACCUCAUUACUGCCACGCACUGUGUGCAUGGGGUAGAAGCAGGCCGGCUGUCGGUGCUGGUGGGCGAGUAUGACGUCAACAACUCGAGGUCUGACGGCUACGAGGUGUCACAUGUGGUGCAGCACCCGGAUUUCAACCGGUAUACCUACGACAACGACAUCGCUGUAUUGAGGCUGGCUGACCCACUACCGGAUAAACUGUACAGGCCUGCUUGCUUACCUGAUGAUGAAGACACGCUGGAAGGUGUCGACGCUGUCGUGUCUGGUUGGGGCAGCACCAUAGAAAAGGGACCCUCAUCAAGUAUACCCAUGAAAGCUGACGUCCAAAUCUGGGCGCAGGACGACUGCACGGGCGCGGGUUACGGCCGUCGGAAGGUGACUCCCCGCAUGCUGUGCGCAAACGCACCCGAGCGUGAUGCCUGUUCUGGAGACUCUGGAGGCCCGCUGUUGCUUUCCCAGCCACACUUUACUGUCGUGGGUAUCGUGUCUUGGGGUCGUGGCUGUGCCAGGCAAGGUUACCCGGGGGUAUAUGCUAGGGUCGACCAGUUCCUGCCGUGGCUGCGAGUGGCUCUAAGACACGCGUGUACCUGCGCUCCUCCAUCCUUAUAUUAACUUCACUGAGCUACACUUAACCUUGCUCUUCACCCUGUGUGAUAGAAUUACUUAAUAUUAUUUUUUAUUUGGUUACCUCCAUAGAAGAAUAAUAUAUCUAUGGUUACCUCGCCAUGUAUGUUGUAUUUGGAUUUGUUUGCUUAAAUAAGUAAAAUUGUACCUACCUAACAUCAUGGAUGCGCGGUGUUUUAAAAUUGUAUCAAUCAGUAUUAUUUAAUUUAACAAUAAUGAGUAAGGCUUAGGAUAAAAUUAGUGUUUGAUAAUUUGUUGUUAUUUUGAGUAUAACUUAUAACUUUGUUGAAAAGAAAAUGCUUUAUUCGGUAAAAAAACAUAGUUACAAUUUUACAUUAGUUAUACAUGUAAAAACUGGGGGUCUAUGCCGAAAAGGAUCCCAGCUGUUGGUCCUAAUGUAACGUACACUGGUUACCUAUAUUAAGUACCUACUUAGUUAUUACUGUGUUUAGUAAAAAAAAGGCUGUGAUUUAUUUAAGAACUAUGUACUUAUUAAACUAAGCAAAAUAAAUAAAAGUUA